GCUUUAAAUGGAAAACAGUAAUUGGGCUCCCGCGCUAAUCCUGGCCUGACGCUCACUCAUACGCAUCUGGAGUCCCCCCUCCCGCCCCCGCCCCCUCCAGCCAGACCUCACUCCCUCUGACCUUUUGGAAUAUCUGCACCCGGGAGCCGAUUGAACGCAGACCCGGAGCCGGGAAGUGGCCUUGCAGUUAGGCUAGUGGCCUGCUGGUGCUCCUCACCUCACUGAUCGGUUUUUGGGUUUGAUUGUCCGAGUGCCCGCCCUGGCUGUUACAGGAGCAAGAGCUGAGGACUCAGCAGGAAAAGAGGCGAGCAGUCACCAUGCUGCAAGAAGCUGGAGCCAAUAUUUUAGAAUUCUACAACGCUCUGCUGUCGAAAUGCGACGCCAGGGUCAAAGACUACCCGAUGGUAAACUGUCCCACAAAGAUGACGAGCCUGCUGGUGGGCUACGUCAUCUUCGCCGUGUACUUGGGGCCUCGAUUGAUGGCCAACCGGAAGCCCUUCCGCCUCAACACGGCAAUGGUCGUCUACAACUUCGGCAUGGUCGCGUUCAACGCCUUCAUCGUGUACGAGUUCAUGAUGUCCGGAUGGGGCACCACCUUCAGUUGGAGAUGUGAUCUUAUUGAUCCCUCCAGCAGUCCACAGGCUCUUCGGAUGGUGCGAGUGGCUUGGAUGUUUUUCUUUUCCAAAUUCAUCGAACUGCUCGACACGGUAUUCUUCGUGUUGAGGAAGAAACAAAAUCAGAUCACAUUUCUCCACGUGUUCCAUCACUCUGUCAUGCCCUGGUCGUGGUGGUGGGGCAUCAUGCUAACUCCUGCCGGAGGGAUGGGCUCCUUUCAUGCCAUGGUGAACUCCAUGGUCCACGUCAUCAUGUACACGUACUACGGCCUGGCAGCAGCCGGGCCGCGCUUUCAGAAGUUCUUGUGGUGGAAGAAGUACAUGACUGCCAUCCAGCUGACGCAGUUCAUAGUGGUGUCGGUGCACAUCAGCCAGUACUACUUCAUGGAGACGUGCGAGUACCAGGUGCCGCUUUGGAUCCAUCUCAUUUGGAUGUACGGCGUGCUCUUCUUCUGCCUCUUCUCCAACUUCUGGAUGCAGGCCUACAUCCGGGGGAAGCGGCUCCCCAUUAUGUACCUCAAGCGCGGGCGCGACCAGACCCCGCCCGCACCCCCGGUCGCCAACGGCACCCACCAACACAACGGGAACGCCGACCACCACAACCGCAGCCUCAACAAUGGGAGUCUGCAACUGGGCAAAGUAAAGGAAAUCUAAUUUUUUUGGGGGGGGAGGGGGGACCCUGAAGAUGUCACAGUGACUCUACUCUACUACAACUAUAGAACAACCAAAUCUAUAGAAAGUUGUUUGAGCAUUUUAUCAUAUUAUUGAUCUCCAGUUUAAGGUCCAUGUACUAGUACACUCUUUGUCCUCACUAGUAAGACAAAUAAGAGACCUGGUAGAAUAACUUGUGGCUUACUCAUAACUUUUUUUUCUUUUUUUUUUAAACCCACUUCUGCCUUCCUAUGGAAAGCCAUUUAGCAUUUAUUUGAUAUCCAGUUUAUGGUCCAUGUACAAAUAAACUCUUUGUGCUUACCAGUAAGAUAAUUCAGCACACGUAUAGAACAACUAGUAGAAUAACUUUUUUUACUCGUAACGUUUUUCCACAAAUACAUGGACCUUAACAAGUAACACUAGUUGGCAUGUGUCAUACAUUAGUAACCUCCUCAAACCUAUUACUAGCACCAAAAUGGCUAGUAGUUUUGCCUCACUAUUAACAUGUAGUUGUCCUAGUAGUAUGCCAAAAUUGUCCUACUAGUGAGCUGAAAAGUCUUCAUGGGAAGUCAUUGGAGUAUUUAUUCAAUACUACUUUACUAUACGAGGGAAUUACUGUGCUGCACUAGUAACACUAUUAGGCCCAACUAACUUUUUUUUAAUACUGAACGUGUCUGAGUGACUAUUAACUAUAGAAUAACAAAGUCUAUGGAUAGCCGUUUCAUCCUUUGUUAUUCUUGAUAUCCAGCUUAAUCGCUAUGUACUAGUAUUCUCUUGAACAGCACUAGUAGAAAUACUGUUGGGCAAGUAAUGUUUUUCCCCCCACCGCUGUAUGACAUUUCUGCACACGAGGAAGACAACUUUGGCAUACUAACAAGUACGUUACUAGUGAGGCAAAGCUGUGCACUAGUUGACAUCUAGUGCUACUAGUACUACUUGUGAAGCCCUAGAUGUUAACUAGUGAAAUUUUAUAGUCACUAGUCGUACUAGUAGCACACAGUCGUCAACUAAUGCACAGUUUUGCACUCGUAAACAUAUACUUGUCCUACUAGUAUUACAAGUUGUUCUAAUAUUGUGGUCAAAGAGUGUACUAGUUCAUGGACCUUAAGCUUAAUAUUGAAUAAAUGAUUUGUUCAAGACAAACUGUACUAGUAUGCGCUUAGGUGUACUAGUCAGCCAACUACAUGUUACUAGUCAGGCUAAACUAUGCACUAGUUGAAAACCGUGUCCGACUUGUACCAAGUGUGACAUCACAUUCUACGACCUAACAUUUAGCGCUCAACUACUAGUACCAGUCGUGCACAGAUGUCAAGUAGUGCACCGUUUUGUAUCACGAGUCAUUGUACUGCUUGUGUGCAGAAAUGUCAUGCAUUAGUAGAAAAAAACGUUACAAGUCAGUCACUACUGUUCUACUUGUUCUACCAGGGCUCUGAAUUGUCUUACUAGUGAGGACAAAAACUGUACUAGUCCAUGGACCAAAGAUCUAGAAUAAAUGCUCUAGCGGCUUUCUGUACAAAUUUGUUUUGAUUGACAUUGUUGGGAUAUGAAUGUUGUUUUUUUUUUUUUUUUUUGUCAGUGAUCUUGUGAAUUUUGUCACCACACUGUGAUGCACGCACAUGCUUUUGUACGUAUGAAGUUCGGUGCUCCUUUUUCUCACGGAUAGUGUUCCUUUCUUAGCAGUUUUUGCGGUCCGCUACUAGUACCACCCUGUUUGGCUGACACCAAACUCGUAUCACACAAGAGUUUCCACUGAAGACUAGCACGUGUAAAUAACCUGCAAAAAAACUUUUCAUUGUACAUGACAAAUUUAUAGUUUUUUUGUUGUUGUUGUUGCUGUAUUAUUUAUCUUUUUGAAAUAAAACACAUUUUAGAUAUUAAGGUCGGUGUCAUUUGGAAAGCAGUUGGUUUGCACUUGGUAAGAAAUAAGCCACAUCAUUUUUUAAUUUUGUGUAUUACCUUAGUAUUGGUGAAUUUUGCAUUUAUGAACAUAACUUGCUUUUAGGCCACAAUAGAAACGUGCUUAAUUCAUACUUGAUAUUUCUUUCUUGGCAAACUGUGACCUGUGAAUGAUUUUAUUUUAUUUUUUUUAAAUCGCCAAUGAAGUGUAAUGGACAGCUACAGAAAGUAAACUGUUACUAACCCUUAAUUUGAUAAAAAAUUAAAAGAC